AUGGCAGUAAAAGCACCGGUCGUCACGCACACCGAGCUGCAGCUUCCGAUCCACGGACCCGAGCACAGCGCACCUCCAGUCCCAGCAGUAUCGGCCGAGCCCGAGGCGAACAACCAAAGUGAAAGCAGACCAGCUUUUCAGAUCGAAGAACACCCCAUCGACGACGUCCGACCGAUCAAGGUGGGCGUAAUCGGCGCCGGGCUGUCGGGCAUCACAGCGGGCAUUUUACUCCCCGCGAAGCUGCCGGGGUUAGAUUUACGGAUUUACGAUAAAAACGCGGACCUUGGCGGGACGUGGUUUGAAAACACAUACCCCGGCGUACGCUGCGAUAUCCCCGCGCACGUGUACCAGUCGAACUUCGAGCCGAACACGAAGUGGACGGAGGAGUUUGCGCAGGGCCACGAGAUAAGAGAGUACUGGCAGGGCGUUGCGCGCAAGUACGAUGUCUACCAGUACGUUCGGGCGCAGCAUAAAGUCGAGCGGGCGGAGUGGGUUGGUGAGAGGGGGAAGUGGAGGGUGACGGUGCGGGAGUUGAGAGAGGAUAAGCUCUACGAGGAAGAACUGGACAUCCUGCUCAACGCAAUCGGGCACUUCAACGUCUGGAAACUGCCGGACUACCCGGGCAUCGACACCUUCAAAGGCCCGCUCUUCCACUCCUCCAACUGGAACCACGACGUUGAUCUGACCGGCAAGCGCGUGGCACUGAUUGGAAACGGCGCAUCGGGUCUACAGGUCCUCCCAUCCAUCCAGCCCAUCGCCAGCCACGUCGACCACUACGCCCGCAACCGCACCUGGAUCGCCGACUCAUUUGGCAGCGUAGGCGUGCGGCGCCUAGAACCCAACAUCAUCCCCCAGGAGCAAAUCGACUCCUUCAACGACCCAGACACGUACCUCGCCUACCGCAAGUCCGUGGAACAGGGCUACUUCUCGCGCUUCGGGGCUAUCUUCCGCAACUCACCACUGAACGCGAACCUCCGCGAAACAUGGAGCAGGCUCAUGCUGUCCCGAAUCAAAGAGAAGCCCGACCUCGCAGACAAGAUCAUCCCGGAGUUCCCGCCGAACUGUCGUCGCCCGACACCGGGCCCGGGAUACCUCGAGGCCCUGACAAAGCCAAACGUCGAGUACAUCCAGACGCACAUCAGCCACUUCACGGAGACCUCGAUCGUCACGAAAGACGGCACAGCCCGACCCGUCGACAUCGUGAUCUGCUCCACCGGCGCAAACGUCGACCACAGCCCGCCCUUCCCCAUCAUCGCCAACGGGCUCGAUCUUCGCACCGCCUGGAAACACGACGGCCACUUCGGGUUUCCCUACAACUACCUGGGCGUCGCAACGCCGGGGUUCCCAAACCUCCUCUGGAUCGGCGGCCCCAACGCCACCGGCCACGGCGGGAGCGUGCCCAACAGCAUCGAGAACCAAAUCGUGUACAUCGCGAAGAUGAUCCGCAAGUUCAGGGCGCAGGGGAUCAAAGCCUUCGCGCCGUCCAAGGCCGCAACGGACGACUUCCUCGCGUACAGCGACGCGUUCUUCCCGCGCACCGUGUGGACGGAGAACUGCUCGUCGUGGUAUAACGGGGGUCGGCCGGGGGCUCGGAUCCACGGGCUGUUUCCUGCCAGCGCGGCGAGUCUGAAUUACAUCCGCCGCGAUCCGAGAUGGGAGGACUUUGAGUAUGAGUAUGUCAGUCCCAGCGGGAAUCGGUUUGCGUGGGUGGGGAAUGGGUGGACGAGGAGGGAGGUGCAGGAGGCGGAGGAUCUGACGCCGCAUUUGAAGAAGCCGCAGGAUAUUGAUCUGCGGACGUAUCUGGAGACCCGUUUAGACGAUAUCAUGCAAGAUAUACAGUCACCUACCGUAUACUCUACGCUGUCAAUAUCUGUAGAUGAACUUCAGGCCAAAGGAGGCAUUCCUCGAUUACGGUAUGCUUGA